UUGUUUCAGAAUGCCUUUUUCCUGGAUGCUACCUGGUGCCUUCCUCUGAUCAAAGUAUACGAAUUUGUUCCUUGUGCCAAACUUGGCAUCAACGUUAGGUCAAAAGAUGGCUUUCUGGUAGUCACAUACGUCGAACCAGAUUCAGUGGCAGAUGAAGACGCGAAAAUCGAAGUUGGCGACGUGAUUCAGAGUAUAUACGACAUAAGCCUAAGGAAUGGAACGAAGCGACAACUAGUCAACAUGGUAGCUGCAUGCAAAGACAUGCCUGUUGUUUUGACGGUCAUAAAGUGUAUUGGUAGAGACAACAAAAUAUAUCCGCCAUUGCAUCGCACGCUAGAUGACCUCGGAUUUUCGUCGCAUCACCUGAUGGUCAAACAUCGACAGCGAAUUGAAGAACUCACUUUCUCAUUCACUGAGCCUCCAAGGAACUCUUCCACUUCUGCUUACGGCGCUGUGCAGGACAACGAUUCGUUGCGUGCUCUCUAUCUAGGUUGUCUUGAACUUACAGGCUCUGGCAGCGUGAACAAACUGGGCAACUGCAUUCUGGAAGUUUUGGAUCAAAACCGCGAUAAGACAGCGGUUACACUUCACAUCGGUUCGUUAGGAUUAAUGGUCAUUUAUGAAGAAACGGAACAAAUUUUGUUCUGUCGCGGAUAUCCUGAAAUAUCUGCAUGCGGUCGAAGAUUGGACCGGCCAAAGAUUUUUGCUGUUAUUGUUGGUGAAAAAGCGUGCUUUAAUUCCAAGAAUUUCGUAUGUUACGUCUUCGAAGCGGAAUCCGAACUUCUUGUAAAGUCAGUCAUCGAAGUCGUUGCAAAAGGAUUUCAUCGGACACAUUGGGCUGUUUAA